CCUGUCGGCAUUAAGCUGUGGGUAACGUGAGCUGAGAGGAAAGACUUUUGCAUCCUACCUUUCAUUUAUCUGUCAGGUAAACAACGGCUUUUAAAGUCAACUCAGUUCAAAGUGGGUGAUGCUGCAUGGCUUCAUCCUUGGUGUUCAGACUGCACGACAGAGGCCCCGAGCUGGUGAGGGAGGUGCUUCUGGAGCGAGGGUGGGAGGAGUAUAAUGAAGGAGAGCGUGAGGAGGAAGACUGGAACCUUUACUGGAGAGGCUCUUCAUUUCAGACCUCACAAUAUCACAACCUGCUGCCGUGGCAACGCCUCAACCACCAUCCUAAAACCGUUGGCAUCACACGCAAGGAUUGCUUGGCACGCAACCUGAGAAGAAUGAAAGCAACGUUUGGUUCAGCUCUCUAUGACUUCAGUCCCACCACUUUCAUCCUCCCCAAUGACUACACCUGCUUCCUGGCUGAGUACAACAGACUGCGUCUGGCCAGAGGAACAUCGGUCUACUGGAUAGUUAAGCCUGUGGAUCUCUCCAGAGGCCGAGGGAUCUUCAUCUUCGAGGAUAUUAAGGACUUGGUUUAUGAUUGCUCUGUUGUCAUUCAGAGGUACAUUAGCAGCUCUCUGCUGAUCUCCGGCUACAAGUUUGACUUGAGGAUUUAUGUGUGUGUGAAGAGCUUUCAUCCACUGACUGUGUACAUUCAUCAAGAAGGCCUGGUGCGUUUUGCCACUGAGAAGUUCAACCUGUCAUCUCUGCAUAACCUGUAUGCUCACCUCACUAACACCAGCAUCAACAAGUUCGGUCCCUUCUACAACACCGAAAAAGGAAGAGUGGGCCAGGGAUGUAAGUGGACCAUGAGCAAAUUCAGACAUUUUCUCCACAGUCAACAGAUCAACGAGCUGCUUCUGUGGCAGAGGAUCAACAACAUCGUCACUCUGACCCUGAUUGCCAUUGCUACAUCAGUGCCCUCCUGUCCUAACUGUGUGGAGUUGUUUGGAUUUGACAUCCUCAUAGAUGCCAAGUUUAAGCCCUGGCUGCUGGAGGUCAACUACAGCCCUGCACUCACACUGGACUGCCAAGCUGAUAUUUCAGUGAAGAAAAAGCUAGUCAGUGAUGUCAUUGAUAUGAUGAACUACACAUCGACCGACAGCUUAAGAGACAGAGCUUAUCGGAAACAUAGGUACAAGCAACCUUGUUUUAAGGAUUCAAGGACAAAUGAGUCAGCGUUGAACAGACAGUCUCGUCAGCCUCUUGUAUCGUACCUCAUGAACAACGGGUCUCUUUACAGGUCUGAUGUUACAAACCAUGACAACACUGAAACAGAAGCUGAGAGGCAGUGCUCAGGAGAGACAGACGUUUCCUCUUUGAUACCUGACACCCAGGAGAGUGAGGAAGCAUUCACACGGCCUGCUGCGUCCUGGAAGCUCCCAAACAUUUACAGCACAAAAACAUUUCGGAUCACUGCGGAGAAAACCACAGGGAAUGGACAACAUAUUCCACCAGUGAAGGUUGGAGACUUCAUAAGGACGUUUCCAUUUAACAGGGCUACUCUGAAAGCCUCGCAGCACGAACUGGACAUAAGGACAGUCCUACAGGAGAUUCAGAGCCUAACUGGUCAGUUGGUUUCAGGCAAAGGAGACAAGAUGAAGAGCAGGAGAGAAGAAACGGCAGAUAUGGAUGCUGAUGAUGACUUUGAUUCGCUGUUGUGGGGACCGAAAGAUCCUCCACUGAUCAGCCAAUGCUUCAAAUCAACUUGAGCUGUGGCAUACUCUAGCUGGUGUAAAUGAAUAGUCACUUAUACUGCAUGGUGCUUUUCUACUGUUUUCUUUGGGGUUGAAGGCUCUGAUAGGCUGGUUUUUUUUUCAGGUUUUGUUAUUUUAUUUAACUUAACACAUCAUUAGUGAGGAUCCUACAGCCGUUAUGUAGCUUGCAUCAGAACAUAUUUCAUUGAUAUGUUAAAUAUGAUCAAAUUUGCUGGUAAAUUGAAUCUCAGGUGUGGUGUCCUCUUUAUAUGCUGCCGUCACGGGAACAAGAUUGGCUUUAUGUUGGAACACACGAUCCGCAUGAAAACCUGUGGUUGUUAAAGAAAAAAAAACAAGGAAAAAAGUCAAUUAACUUUCAAAUUCCAGGAACGUCAGAUAUACCCUUUAUCAUCAGAAAGGGUGAAAAAAAAAAUCAAGGUUUUGCAUUGCAGUCAAAGUUCAGACCUUAAGCCAAACAUUGUAAAGAAGAGUGGAAUAAAUUUCUCCACAUGUGAGAGGCUGAUAAAGUCACAUAGAAAACAAUUACUUUUGCUAAAGAAUGGAUCUACAAGCUACUGAAUAUAUUUAGUGUAGCUGAGAGUCUGUGAGUUAAUUUAGUUUUCACACACUGCUUCAGGAUUUUGGCUUAAAUAAAUAAUGACACAGUGUAAUAGGUCAAGUUAUUGUUCAUCUGAGGUUAUAUUAAAAAAUAAUGAGGUCAGUGAAACAAGUCUUUGCAUCAAGAGUCACUGAUACGAUCUGAUAUGAUCUUAAUAGGAAAAAUACAAUCAUCAUUUGUGACACUGAAGCAUACCAGACACAUUCUGUUAUUGUUGAUUAAUCAGGCAUGAUAUGCUUAGUUAUAACUUGUUCACUCUGAGUUGUUUGUCUUUGUAAGAGCACAUUGUUUCUUACACCAACACCUCACUCAGACAGACUGAAUCACUGUUUUAUGAAUUCAAUUUUCCCAUAGAAAAACAAGAAAAGAUAAGUGCUGACAGAGAUUCGAAAGCUUGACAAACUAGUACUAGUAGUGCUAAUUUUGAGGAUAUCUGAUCUAUUUGAAAGCUGGCUAACAAAGCUACAUUUUUUAACAGAAGUGUUGGAAAAACAUAUGUUAAUUUAAGACAAACUCUAUCUGUGACUGAGUUUUUAUUAUUAUAUAAAGAGUUAUUGGUUAGUAGUGCACUUUGACACACUCGCAUGUGAACACACAUUUGAGUUGGCUGUGAGACAGUGACUCUUUUCUAACUAAAGUAGUUAAUGUGCACAUUUUUGUUGUGUGGCUCUGAAAUGUACUGUGGCUCUUUAAGUAGUAACUCAAUAUUUGAAACUUUGAAAACAUCUAUUAGAAAGAGGGGAUUUGCCAUGAACUCUGCUGCUCGCACGCAUCUGAUCAGGUUCUGCACAAAACUGGUGAAAAUGUGGACUUCUACGGAGAUCACUAAGGCUCGAAAAGUUCUACAAAGUUGACAGAUGGACAGGUAUAUAGCAUUAAAGCUGAGCCAAACAGUGGUUAGCACCAUCGGCGUAACUUUGUGCUGAACAUUGGGGGGGGGGUCAAGUUCUCUGUCUAAAUAAAUAAAUAAAUCUGGGUAAAUUCCCAGAUGAUUAAACAUGCAACUAUUUUGCUGGUAAUACCUGAAAUGAGUAAAGAAAAUCAA